UGACUGAUAAACUCACCCCACAUUUUCUGUAAUAUCGUACAUAUUCUCUCUCCACUCUCUCAUCGAACAACGGCGCGGCAUGGAGGAGCUCAGCUAGGGUUUCCCCCAAUCUUUCGAUCCCUCAGGAUUAGGAUCCCCUUUUUCUCAGAAAAUGGCGUGGUUUAGGGCAGUCUCGGGUGUAGCUAGGGUUGCCCUUAGGCGAAACCUAGCUCAAUCCCAUCACCACAUCACGAGGCCUCGAAUCGUCCCUCGAAAUUUCCAUUCAACCGCUUUGAAAUCAAAGGCGCGAAUCGGCGCCCGAUCCCUCGCAGCCGUCCCUUUAUCUCGUCUCACUGACAGCUUUCUCGAUGGGACGAGCAGCGUUUAUCUCGAAGAGCUGCAGAGAGCUUGGGAAGCUGACCCCAAUUCGGUCGAUGAGUCGUGGGAUAAUUUCUUUAGGAAUUUUGUUGGCCAGGCUUCCACUUCGCCGGGGAUAUCGGGUCAGACGAUUCAGGAGAGCAUGAGGUUGCUCCUUUUGGUUAGGGCAUAUCAAGUUAGCGGGCAUACGAAGGCGAAGUUGGAUCCUUUAGGUUUGGAAGAGAGGGUGAUUCCCGAGGAUCUUGAUCCGGCGCUUUAUGGGUUUACCGAAGCGGAUUUGGAUAGAGAGUUCUUUCUCGGUGUAUGGAGAAUGGCGGGGUUCUUGUCGGAGAAUCGACCAGUACAGACUUUGAGGGAGAUUUUGAGUAGGCUUGAAAGGGCUUAUUGUGGAAGCAUUGGGUAUGAGUAUAUGCAUAUUCCGGAUAGAGAGCAGUGUAACUGGUUGAGAGAUAAGAUUGAGACGGUGAAGCCUAGGGCGUAUAGUCCGGAUCGUCAGCUGGUUAUUCUCGAUAGGCUUAUUUGGAGCACUCAGUUUGAGAAUUUCUUGGCGACGAAGUGGACGGCGGCGAAAAGGUUCGGCCUUGAGGGUGCAGAGACGUUGAUUCCUGGCAUGAAAGAGAUGUUUGAUCGUGCUGCUGAUCUCGGGGUUGAGAGUAUUGUGAUUGGGAUGUCACACAGAGGAAGGCUUAAUGUGUUGGGUAAUGUUGUUAGGAAGCCAUUGAGGCAGAUAUUUAGUGAAUUUAGUGGUGGGACGAAGCCUAUUGAUGAGGUUGGGCUAUAUACAGGGACUGGUGAUGUAAAAUACCAUCUGGGUACUUCUUAUGAUAGGCCUACUAGAGGUGGAAAGCAGAUUCACCUCUCGUUAGUUGCGAAUCCGAGUCAUUUGGAGGCUGUAGAUCCAGUUGUAGUUGGAAAAACUCGUGCUAAGCAGUAUUAUUCUGGGGAUACGGAGAGAAUGAAGAAUUUGGGGAUUUUGAUACAUGGAGAUGGAAGUUUUGCAGGGCAAGGUGUGGUUUACGAGACUCUGCAUUUAAGUGCCCUUCCCAACUAUACCACUGGUGGGACAAUUCAUAUCGUGAUUAACAAUCAAGUUGCUUUUACAACUGAUCCGAGGUCCGGCAGGUCCUCCCAGUACUGUACUGAUGUUGCCAAAGCUUUGAGUGCUCCAAUUUUUCAUGUAAAUGGCGAUGAUAUAGAAGCUGUGGUUCAUGCUUGUGAGCUUGCUGCAGAGUGGCGACAGACUUUCCAUUCUGAUGUGGUGGUGGAUAUAGUUUGUUACCGACGAUUUGGUCACAAUGAGAUUGAUGAGCCAUCAUUCACACAACCCAAGAUGUAUCAGGUCAUUCGGAGUCAUCCAAGAUCACUUGAUAUCUACCAAGAUAAACUUUUAGAGUUAGGCCAGAUCUCUAAAGAAGACAUUGAGAGGAUAAACAAUAAAGUAAGCUCUAUCUUGAAUGAGGAGUUCAAUAACAGCAAGGAUUAUGUUCCAAAGAAGAGGGACUGGCUUUCAGCCUAUUGGACCGGAUUCAAAUCUCCUGAGCAAAUCUCGCGAGUUCGGAACACUGGAGUAAAACCUGAAAUACUGAAAAGUGUUGGAAAAGCUCUCACAACGAUUCCUGAAAACUUCAAGCCUCAUAGAGCUGUUAAGAAGAUUUUUGAGCAGCGUGCUCGAAUGUUUGAAACCGGAGAAGGGAUUGACUGGGCAGUGGGCGAAGCACUUGCUUUUGCAACCCUUAUUGUGGAAGGUAACCAUGUGAGGUUGAGUGGUCAGGAUGUUGAAAGAGGUACAUUCAGUCAUCGUCACGCGGUCAUUCAUGAUCAGGAAACUGGAAACCAGUACUGUGCUCUAGAUCAUCUUGUUAUGAACCAGAACGAGGAGAUGUUUACAGUUAGCAACAGCUCACUUUCUGAGUUUGCUGUCCUUGGGUUUGAAUUGGGCUACUCAAUGGAGAAUCCCAAUUCUUUGGUACUUUGGGAAGCUCAAUUUGGUGAUUUCUCAAAUGGAGCUCAAGUAAUAUUUGAUCAGUUCUUGAGCAGCGGAGAAUCGAAGUGGCUCCGCCAAACUGGGCUUGUUGUAUUGCUUCCUCAUGGUUAUGAUGGCCAAGGCCCAGAGCAUUCAAGUGCACGAUUAGAACGUUUUCUCCAGAUGAGUGAUGAUAACCCUUAUGUUAUUCCUGAAAUGGAACCAACUCUUAGAAAACAGAUCCAGGAGUGUAAUUGGCAAGUUGUGAAUGUCACAACACCUGCAAAUUAUUUCCAUGUUCUCCGGCGUCAGAUACACAGGGAUUUCAGAAAACCGCUAAUAAUAAUGGCUCCCAAGAACCUGCUUCGUCACAAGGAAUGCAAGUCACAUCUAUCAGAAUUUGAUGAUCUUGUGGGCCAUCCAGGAUUUGAUAAACAAGGAACACGAUUUAAACGUCUUAUUAAGGAUCAGAAUGAUCACAAAGAGGUCGAGGAGAGCAUUAGCCGGUUGGUUCUGUGCUCUGGAAAGGUGUAUUAUGAGCUAGAUGAAGAGCGGAGGAACUCGGGUCGCAAGGAUGUUGCAAUAUGCAGAGUUGAACAACUCUGCCCAUUCCCCUAUGAUCUUGUCCAGAGAGAGUUGAAGCGAUAUCCAAACGCAGAGAUCGUUUGGUGCCAGGAAGAACCAAUGAACAUGGGUGCAUACAGUUACAUUAACCCCCGCUUGUCAACAGCCAUGAGGUCAGUGAGUAGAGGCAUCAGCUGCCACAGCCACCGGUUUCUAUUCUGUGCAUGUUCAGGAGCAAACUGAGCUUGUUAAGAAAGCACUUCAACCUGAGCCCAUCAAUUAUCCUUACUGAGCUUUAGAUGAGUUUCUUUCUGCAGAAUAAGGGCAGGAGAGUUGUUACCUGUCUUUAUGAGUUUUGGUUAGAUGUACCCUCAUGGUACCUUGAAUUUUGACAAAAUAAGUUUUUGUUUUGGUAUGA